AUGGUAUUGCCAGUCUUGAUCAUCGGCGCCGGCCUCGGCGGCGUGUGUCUCGCCCAGGCUCUCCGCAAGAACAACAUCCCAUUCCAACUAUUCGAGCAAGACGGACGACAGAACUUCCGCUCUCAAGGCUACCGACUGCGCGUGAACCAGUAUGGCGUCGACGCACUCCAUGAAGCAUUGUCACCAGAGGUCUUCGAUGUCUUCGAACGCACCUGUGCUGCAAGCGCAGGGUUCGGCGUCUCGCUCAAACCCAAUGGCUCAUUGCCUCCUCCAGGCCGCGGAGGACCACCACCUUUCAUGGGACAGUCGUACACAGUAGACCGCAGCACGUUCCGCGCAGCACUGCUGACGGGCCUAGAAGACAGCGUCCACUUUGGCAAAACCCUCGAGCACUACGUUAUUGCCGAUGAUAAAGUCACUGCACAUUUCGCGGACGGGACUACAGCCGUCGGUGCUCUUCUUGUCGGUGCAGAUGGCGUCCGGUCCCAUGUACGAAGACAAUACAUCCCCAACUUCCCCGCUCUUGACACAGGCAUGCGCAUCAUCUUCGGCAGGACCCCGAUAACUCCUGAGUUUCUUGCUGCCACGCCCGAAGAAUACCACCAGGGAAUGAGUCUGAUCUCGGACCCGGAGAAGAUGCCUGAUCCCUACAUGUACUGGGUUAUUACUGUCCGCCGCGCGGCUAUUCCGUUCUCAGAUGAAAGAUCCUGGAACGUCACCCCCGAGGAAGCUGCAAGCCUUGCAGAGAAACUCACAGAGACCUGGGAUCCGGCGAUUCGGAAGGUCGUUACCAUGCAGGACAGAAGCAAGUCGUCCAUUCGCUCGAUUCUGUCUGCCAUGCCGGACAUGCCGUCGUGGGAGCCGUCUGAUCGGGUGACCCUGGUUGGAGAUGCAAUUCACGUCAUGCCUCCAACGGGAGCGAUGGGAGCCAACACAGCUUUGAGAGAUGCUGCUGACCUAGCGCGUCGCAUUGCUGAUGCCGGGGGUGCUGAGGGCGCAGUAGGCCAAGGGCUGCGGGAAUACGAGGCAGAGCUACGGUCUUUUGCUAAGAAGGCCAUUGAGCUGAGCUGGCAAGGUGGCUUCAAGAGUUUCGGUUUGCAGCCGCAGGAAAAGUGUGAGCGUAUUACUUUAUAA